AUGGCCGCUAAAGAGAGUACAAAGAGUACAAAAAGCACGGAAGAGUGUGCGGCGCCACAAUCUGGUUUCUAUGGAUUAGCCGAUCAUCCAAAUCAUGGCAUCAUCGCAUCGAUUUUAAAACGAAAGAGUCGAAAGUUCAAGAUAUCGGAUGAGGUCAUGAAGAUGUGCAAAGCAGUGGAAGCCUACAAAUCUGCGUCCGACAAUCUUCACCAAUCGAUUCUCUACUGGCUUGUUGAGGAUCCAGACAUUUCGAAGCAACUGGUUUCUGUGUUUAAAACCGAUCCAAAAUACAAAUACGCUGGACAGUACCUGAUGACUUAUGAGAAUUUGAUGAAAAGGGGAAGGGAUAAGACAAAGUAUGAAAGUAUGGAGCCAGUGAUGAAGACGUUGAUGGCGUUGGAUGUGGAACAGGAGAAGAGGAUCAAGAAGAUGGUCGAGAUUCUGAGACCAUUGACAAAGUUCAUUGGAGAGGAUUAUUGGGAGUACGCAAGACUUAGGAAAGUAUACUGGGAGUCACUGGAAGGUUACGAGGACGCGAUCACAGUGCAGAACAAGGAACGAACGGAACAAUCAGAACAAGCCACGGCGAAUGCUCAAAAAUGGAGAAACGAUUGUCGUCAGAAAAUAACCGAUUUCAUUCAAACGUCUAUUUUCGAUCAGAAAUCGAAACACGCGGAGUGCGUUCUCAAAUUUCGGGACGAGGCCGUGUACUUUCAUCGCGCCAUGUCUGAACUGAUUCCGUUCAACGAGGGCAAGAACAAUAGUGGAAUGAAAGCGCCGACUUCUAAGUGA